AUGACACAGACACAGAAUGACACCGACGCCGUCUGGCAAAUCGGGGUCUUUGACGCACACUGCCACCCUACCGAUGUCUUUUCUUCCGUCGAAGACAUUGCUCAAAUGAAAGCUCGAGUGUUGACGGUGAUGGCCACGAGGUCUCAAGACCAGGACCUGGUUGUAGAGGCUGCCAAGAAGUACCCGAUCAAGUCGCGGGAGGACCUCCUGGAGGGAUCAUCAACCCACGUGCUUCCGUCGUUUGGCUGGCAUCCCUGGUUCUCGCAUGAACUCUACAAUGACAUGGAUGGAGAAAACACCUCCGCUCCCAGUACCACUGAACAUUACCGGUCUGUACUUGUUCCAGCUCCGGAUGACGAAGAGUUUGUGCAGUCUUUGGCGAAGCCAAGAUCACUCCGCCAAUUCAUCGAGCAGGCUGAGUCGAGGUUGAAAGCUUUCCCGUACUCCAUUGUGGGAGAAGUAGGAUUAGAUCGGUCCUUUCGGCUGCCUGAAGCCUGGAAGGAGGAGCCGUCGAGCCAAAAUGGUGGCUCAGAGGAGGAGUUUACUCCCGGACGGCGUGGCGGGAGGGGCCUCUCGCCUUAUCGCGUGAAUCUGGACCAUCAGAAGGUGGUUUUGAAGGCUCAACUCGAACUUGCUGCGAAGCUGCAGAGACCAGUCUCGGUGCAUAGCGUCCAGGCGCAUGGUUUGGUCUUUGAUUUGAUGCAGAGCAUGUGGAAAGGACAUGAGAAACCAUCCAAAGCGCAACAGCGGAAGCAAAAAGCAGCCAGCGGCAAUGGUCGGGAGGUGGGAGAUGGAAAGGAGGCAAGUUCCCUGCCCUAUCCUCCUCGAAUAUGCAUGCAUUCGUAUUCAGGCCCUCCGGAUGCCUUGAAGCAAUUCUUCAGUCCUAGUGUGCCGGCGGACGUAUACUUUUCGUUCUCGUCGUUGAUCAACUUCAGCAACCCAUCCUCUGAAAAGGUCACCAAUGUCAUUAAGGCGGUGCCAGAUGAUCGAAUCUUGGUGGAGAGCGACUUUCAUAGUGCAGGGAAGAAAAUGGAUGAAGUGUUGAUGGAGAUCAUUUUGAAGAUCUGUGAAAUAAAAGAAUGGUCGUUAGAGGAGGGUGCAAAACGGUUCAAGGAGAAUUGGGUCAAGUUUGUCUUUGGAGAACGGCCAUCCACUCCGUGA